AUGCAAGUCUCUAUAGCCUGCACAGAGCACAAUUUGAAGAGUCGAAAUGGUGAGGACCGACUUCUGAGCAAGCAGAACUCCACCGCCCCCAAUGUGGUGAACGCAGCCCGGGCCAAAUUCCGCACUGUCGCUAUCAUCGCUCGCAGCCUGGGGACCUUCACCCCUCAGCAUCACAUUUCUCUCAAAGAGUCCACCGCAAAGCAGACUGGCAUGAAAUAUAGGAAUCUUGGGAAAUCAGGACUCAGAGUGUCUUGCUUGGGUCUUGGAACAUGGGUGACAUUUGGAGGUCAAGUUUCAGAUGAGGUUGCUGAACGGUUGAUGACAAUUGCCUAUGAAAGUGGAGUUAAUCUCUUCGACACUGCCGAGGUCUACGCCGCUGGGAAGGCUGAGGUGAUCCUGGGGAACAUCAUCAAGAAGAAAGGCUGGAGAAGGUCCAGCUUGGUCAUCACAACCAAACUCUACUGGGGUGGAAAAGCUGAGACAGAGAGAGGAUUGUCAAGAAAGCACAUCAUUGAAGGACUCAAAGGCUCCCUCCAGAGGCUGCAGCUGGAAUAUGUGGACGUGGUCUUCGCAAACCGCCCAGACAGCAACACUCCCAUGGAAGAAAUUGUUCGAGCCAUGACACAUGUGAUCAACCAGGGCAUGGCAAUGUACUGGGGCACCUCGAGGUGGAGCGCGAUGGAGAUCAUGGAGGCGUAUUCUGUCGCACGACAGUUCAACAUGAUCCCACCCGUCUGUGAACAAGCCGAGUACCAUCUUUUCCAGAGAGAGAAGGUAGAGGUCCAGCUGCCGGAGCUCUACCAUAAAAUAGAGAUGACAAGAACCAAGCAUCUCAGAGACUGUGGCAAAAUCAGCUGGUCUACAGGGGUUGGUGCAAUGACAUGGUCUCCGCUUGCCUGUGGAAUUAUUUCUGGAAAAUAUGGAAAUGGGGUGCCAGAAAGUUCUAGAGCUUCACUGAAGUGCUACCAGUGGUUGAAGGAAAGAAUUGUAAGUGAAGAAGGGAGAAAACAGCAGAACAAGCUAAAAGACCUUUCUCCGAUUGCUGAGCGUCUGGGAUGCACACUACCUCAGCUGGCUGUGGCAUGGUGCCUGAGAAACGAGGGCGUGAGUUCUGUGCUCCUGGGAUCAUCCACCCCCGAGCAGCUCAUUGAAAACCUCGGUGCCAUUCAGGUCCUCCCUAAAAUGACGUCACACGUGGUAAAUGAGAUUGACAACAUACUGCGCAACAAGCCCUACAGCAAAAAGGACUAUAGGUCGUAAGGCAAUGCAUGAGCCACAGAAACUGCAUGGGUAAAAUCAUGGUGGGUAGGCAGUGCAGAACGACCUUACUAGACAUUUUCCAUCACUUAGCAGCUUGCUGCUCAACCUCUGGUGUCCCAGGAAACUGAGGUUUCUGCUGUUGCUACCACUGUGCACCCUGAAUUCUGAAAAUUCACAGCCCAGAAAAUCCAUUCUAUUUUCUUAUCUUGAACUGGUCCCCAAUCCUUGCAUUGCUCUAUGCACCUCCUGCUUCUGCAAUGGAAGGAAGAUUGGAAUAGAGGAAUCUAUUAUCCUUAGACAUUCGUAACUUAAAGAAGGCUGUACAUAUCUAUUUUUUUUCAAAAGAGCAAAAAAUCACAGAACAGAACAGUAUGUGAGCUACACAGGAAACAGGAUAUCCUCACUCUUUAGUCUUGCUUGGGAGAACAAACAACUAAUUUAUUUAUUUUUUUCGCAUUUCAUAUUCACAUUAGUAAGUUUUAAGUCACCUGUCACUCUAAAGUUUCUAGGUACUUGCUUCCACUAUCGUUGAAGUUACUUGUUGCUUGGCCCUGUACAGUUUAUCUGGGGUACCUGUUAGGAUUCUAGCCUGUCUAUUUACACAGAGGUAUAAAAGUAUGAACACCCCCCCAUCUUUACUAGAUACAUAAUAGCUAAUUUAUAAAACGGUUACAAUGUGUGAAAACAGCUUUGAAUAUUGUGUUCACUUUUUACAUUUUACAAAUUCUGCAUAUACUUUCAGUCGCUGUAGGCACAACUUCUGCAAAUUUAAGUAUCUGAGAUUUAAAAAUACACACAUGCUGUUUUUUAAUUAAACCUAUAAAUACUGAGAAAGGCAAGUGUCCAGUUUACCACUGGGACAUUACAAUAUACAGCUUGGUAUUUUCUGAGGAGUUAACAUGAAAAGCAAAGCAUAAGCAAUGUAAAAAAAAAAAUGCCGUCAUUUCUCAGCAUAUGCUGGAUGAAUUAACUUGCCCAGAGAAAAAGCAAAAUAUUCAAAAAGCUCCUGAUUCUAAUCACACACUACACUGUAUGCAUGAGAGCUCUCUGCAUGAAAUAAGGGGCUCAGCUUUGUGCUCAGAAUCUGAGAUACACCUGGUCUACUCUACUACUUUGCCUCCCUGCAUCCCACCUGAGAAACUGUAAGACUGUACAGUAUGGAUACCUGCAAAUAAGGAGAAAUCGCAGGAUGAGUUUUUCUUUCCUUUCUGUAAAGGUGGGGUCAUUUUCUAUCUCUAUUUGUCCAUCUGUCAAUGGACAAAAUCCCACUUUAUCUCUCAGCAAGUUCUCUUUAAGAUCUACACAAGAAAUGUAUGAACUUAAAAUCAUUUUCAGGUAUUUAUCACAUGGCUAAGUUCUGUAUCUUAAACUAACAGGGAAAGAUACCAACAAAUACACGAUUGUUGUUACCUAGAGUGUAAUAGGCAAUUUGGAAGUCCACCCAUGAGUAUGUGACUAAUGAUGGAGAUUAACUUUCCAGCUAUUCAUUGUAAAUUUAAUCCACUGAACUACUGUGUGCAUAAACGAGCAGAGUGCUAUCUACAGGAAAAUCAAUUCAUUUGCUUAGAGUAAUAAAGGCGUCUGUGCAAUCCCAUAAUAGA